ACCCAACGCUGUCAUCCACCGAAAUACUCCCCGCCGCGGCGUCUCCCACGUCUCCUGUCCCUCCUCGGCCUCCACGCUCGCUCUCAGAGUCUCACUCCACGCUGCGCGCCGCUAUUUAUACUAGUAUACUACCACCACCAUCACCACCACCUUGUACCGUACUCUCAACUCCGGCGAUGGCCACCUCCGCCGUCGCCGGCUUCUGCUCCGCCCUUCGGUUCCUCCUCUUAGUGCUGCUUCUACCGUCGCUCGCCGCCGCCUCAAAUGUGACAUACGACCACCGCUCCCUCAUCAUCUCCGGCCGCCGCCGCCUCCUCAUCUCCGCCUCCAUCCACUAUCCCCGCAGCGUCCCCGCGAUGUGGCCCAAACUGGUGGCCGGGGCCAAGGACGGCGGCGCCGACUGCAUCGAGACUUACGUCUUCUGGAACGGCCACGAGACCGCCCCAGGCCAGUACUACUUCGAGGACCGAUUCGACCUGGUGCGAUUCAUAAGGGUCGUCAAGGACGCCGGGCUGUACCUGAUCCUGCGCAUCGGGCCGUUCGUCGCUGCCGAGUGGAACUUCGGAGGCGUGCCGGUAUGGUUGCAUUACGUGCCAGGGACGGUGUUCCGUACGAACAACGAGCCAUUCAAGAGCCAUAUGAAAAGCUUCACGACCUACAUCGUGGAUAUGAUGAAGAAAGAGCAGCUCUUCGCUUCGCAGGGAGGGAACAUUAUCCUAGCGCAGAUAGAAAAUGAAUAUGGAGAUAGUGGUGAACAAGCAUAUGGAGCUGGCGGCAAGCCAUAUGCAAUGUGGGCGGCUAGUAUGGCUCUUGCUCAGAACACUGGUGUCCCUUGGAUCAUGUGCCAGCAGUAUGAUGCUCCUGACCCUGUGAUAAACACUUGCAAUUCAUUCUAUUGCGAUCAAUUCCAGCCAAAUUCUCCAACCAAGCCAAAAAUGUGGACUGAGAACUGGCCAGGAUGGUUCCAGACUUUUGGUGAAGGUAAUCCCCACAGACCACCUGAAGAUGUGGCAUUUGCUGUUGCACGGUUUUUUGAGAAAGGCGGUAGUCUUCAGAAUUACUAUGUGUAUCAUGGUGGAACAAACUUUGGUCGUACUACUGGGGGGCCAUUUAUUACAACUAGCUACGACUAUGAUGCACCGAUCGAUGAAUAUGGCCUUAGGAGAUUUCCAAAAUGGGCACAUCUGAGGGAGCUUCACAAAUCUAUAAAAUUGUGCGAGCAUACUCUGCUUUAUGGCAACACAACAUUUCUUUCCCUGGGCCCGAAACAAGAGGCUGAUGUUUACACUGGUCAGUCUGGAGGAUGUGUUGCAUUCCUGGCUAACAUUGAUUCAGACAAGGACAAAGUUGUCACUUUCCGUAACAGGCAAUAUGAUCUUCCUGCUUGGUCAGUUAGUAUCCUACCUGAUUGCAAGAAUGUGGUGUUCAACACUGCAAAGGUGCAAUCUCAAACUGUGAUGGUGGACAUGGUUCCAGAAAGUUUGCAAGCAUCAAAACCUGAUCGGUGGAGCAUUUUCAGAGAGAAAACUGGGAUUUGGGGUAAAAAUGACUUCAUCCGAAAUGGAUUUGUGGACCAUAUUAAUACAACGAAGGACUCUACUGACUACCUAUGGUAUACAACAAGUUUUAGUGUGGAUGGAAGUCACUCAUCAAAAGGGAGCCAUGCUGUUCUUAAUAUUGACUCAAAAGGCCAUGGUGUCCAUGCUUUCCUGAACAAUGCGCUUAUAGGUAGUGCAUAUGGUAAUGGCUCAAAAUCAAGUUUCACUGCGGGAUUGCCUAUCAACUUGAGGACUGGGAAGAAUGAACUUGCCCUACUGAGUAUGACUAUUGGUUUACAAAAUGCAGGACCCUUUUAUGAAUGGGUAGGAGCAGGCCUUACAAGUGUGAAGAUCUCUGGCUUGAAAAAUGGAACCAUAGACUUGUCUUCAAAUAAUUGGGCAUACAAGAUUGGAUUGGAAGGGGAAUAUUAUAGUUUGUUCAAGCCCAAUCAGGGAAGUAACCAACGGUGGAUACCACAAUCUGAGCCUCCAAAAAAUCAACCUUUGACAUGGUACAAGGUAAUUGUUGACGUUCCUCAAGGAGAUGACCCAGUUGGGAUAGACAUGCAGUCUAUGGGGAAAGGCCUGGCUUGGUUGAAUGGAAAUGCCAUAGGGAGGUAUUGGCCCAGGACUAGUUCUACUGAUAAUAGGUGCACUCCCAAUUGUAACUACAGAGGAAAGUUUUCUCCAGACAAGUGCAGGACAGGUUGUGGAAAUCCAACUCAAAGAUGGUACCAUAUCCCACGGUCAUGGUUUCAUCCCUCAGGAAACACCCUUGUGGUUUUUGAGGAGAAGGGCGGGGAUCCCACGAAGAUCACAUUCUCAAGAAGAGUUGUGACAAGCGCGUGCUCCUUUGUGUCAGAGCACUAUCCUUCCAUAGACUUGGAGUCCUGGGAUAAAAGUACCACGAACGAUGGCACAGCCACAGCCAAAGUACAGUUGUUUUGCCCCAAGGGUAAAAAUAUAUCUUCAGUAAAGUUUGCAAGCUUUGGAAACCCCAGUGGAACGUGUAGAUCAUAUCAACGAGGAAGCUGCCACCACCCGAAUUCUUUAUCUAUUGCUGAGAAGGCUUGUCUGAACAUCAAUAGCUGUACAGUCUCCCUGUCAGAUGAGGUCUUCGGGAAAGAUAUUUGCCCUGGAGUCACCAAAACACUUGCCGUUGAAGCAGACUGUUCUUAGUGAGUAAUCUUGGUUAUGGAUUCCACCUCUACAAAUGCGCUCAUCAAAAUUUCAAACUUGUAACGCUUGUUUUAUUAUAUGCUAUGACAAAAAUCUACCUAGUUUUAGAUUAGGUCUUCUGAGCGUGAUACGAGCUUUUGCUUUGUUGGAAGUUCUUGCUCGACAAUGACCCAACACUCUUGACAGGUGACAAUUAAGGACGCUGAUAGUUGUCAUCUGCUGCAGCAAUUGCAUUGCAUAACAGACCCACCAUGCACUGUAUGAUUAAGAACCAUGAACAAACUGCCAUGACGCAUGGAAACCCGAUGUGCAUGAAAAUAUUCAGAACUGGUAUGCCCUCUGUUAUGGAUAUCAGAUCGCACUAAAUAGCAUCCAUUGUUCUCUCUUGGUGUUGUGUCACGUCAUGAACUUUAUGGAUUAGCAAAAUGAUUCAACGCUAUUCAUAAAUUUUAAUUUGAUGUCUUGUCUUUUUCUUGCAAUCGGGGGACACACAAGCUUUCGCACUGUAUGAUACGACCAUGAUCACAGUGACUGUAGAUGGAGUAGAAGAAACCUCUAGCUUAAUGCCCCGUUUGCCGUAGCUUCUGGCUUAGACCUGUUUGCGCUGUACGGACAUUGGGGCUAUACAUAUUAAAUGUUCAAUCAGCUCAUGAACUGAGUUGUCCUCGUCACUUCAGACCCUUCGAAUGGAAGAAUAUUCGCACGUAUACAUAUUAAAACUGCGAGUAUUCGUCCAUUCGAAGUAUAAACAGAAUCCAAUGCAAAUGUCUUACGCAAUUUUGUUUCAAUUUUUUUGGGCGAAGUCAAACUGAGAACCGGAUUUAUUUGCCAAAGCAUAUGGGUUGUUGCAAAAGGCUGUUUACUUUUAUCCAAAUAAGCUCGAAAGUGUAUUUCAGAAGACUAGUAGUUGUUAUAGCUAAGAUUGGCCAGGGUGUUCAGCUGCCAUCAACUUCUUAACCUCACACAUGAGACAGUAUUAUAAGAUGAGAUAGCGAGUGUAUUGGAGCAUCCAUCAUAGAUAGGCAUGGCAGGCCGUCCCAGCCAUUUCUUUGCUAUGAGCAAUACAAACCAAGCGUUUUGUGUAUGUUAAAACACUUGUCAUACUGGAUGAUUUAGCACACAUAAGCAGGGCCCAGAACAUGAUUGCUCUCUGUUAUCCACUAACACAAACCUCUCAUCAGAACACUGAUGCAGGGAAAGAUGAGGCUUCCCAUUGCAAAAACAAAAAAUGGUUCUUUUAGCAGUGGCAUCCUUUUAGAGUGUAUUUAUUAGAAGUUUCUUCUUCUUCAUUUUAAAAUUUUUGUAACAUCAAUCAACUGUUUUUGGUGCUAUUCGGACCAAUCAGAAAUUUUUCAGAAAGUUCUUACCUUCAGAUUCUUUUCUUUUCAAAAUUAGGGCUUCUAUAUUACUUGAAGGAUCUAGGCAGAAUGUCUGAUAGAUAUCUUUCCCCAUCUGCCGACACUUCAAUGAUGCAAUUCUGCUAUUAUAAUGUCGUAUACUGAUGUUACAUCAGGUCGUUUCACCGGUUGCAACAAUGACAUAAAGGAAACCAGAACAAGAAAAAGAAAGAAAGAAAUGAUUGUGCUCGGUUACCAAAUUACCUUGGAGCUGAUGGAUCAGCUGUGAUUUGGACGCCAGUUAAGCGCAUGCCAAACUGUCAUGACAGUGUAGUUCUAAUCCUAUUAGUUUGCCGUAAUGGCGUAACUGGGAAUUUAAUCAUGCUAUCCUCUCUUAUCUCCCAACAUGCAAUAUCAUUGUCAAUUGGCAAUUUUCUAAGCAGCCUUUGCUAUUAUACAGUUUCCAUUUGGAAAGAACAGGACAAGAUCAAGGACAUCAACUUGAAGGGAAAUAAAAACACCACACCCCCAACUUAGCAGAUAGUCUCCAAGAUUUUUUUGGGAACAAGGGAUAGGAUCCAAGAAAUUGCAGGCAAUAAUAAACAUGUCAAUGAUUUGGAAAAUGAUUUUUUUUAUGAUCAUGAUGUCAACUUCAAAUCUUUUCGCAGAGAUGGUGAAUUGGAUGAGCCCCUCUCCCUAGCUGCACCUAGAGCAGUUUGUUGCCUAUCUAUCCAUCUACUGAAUAUGUAGAACUAAUAAAAAAGGUUUAGUUUGCUUGA